CCUCGGUAGAUGAUGAUUGAAUGCACAGGUAUUUACCGAUGAAUACCGAAUGGUUGAUCGAAAGAAGUUUUGGAAGUUAUUUUUCUUAUGUUUCAUAUCUGAAUCGAUAUUCCAAUGAAUAUUAUGAAUAAGUCUAGCAGUAUGACAUUAGAUGAUUAUGAAUGGCAGCCUCCAACUGAUGCUGAAAGGAAAGUUAUUCAAGCACGAAGAGAACGCUCUGAUAAGAUUAGUAGCAUAAUGGGUGAAUACCUCCUUAAAGGUUACAAAAUGCUUGGUUCAACUUGCCAAUUUUGUGAGGGCUCAUCAAACUAGAAGAAAUGGAAGACAUUUUUUACUCUGACCAACUACAUACAAUAUUAUUAGAAACUCCAAUUGGGGAGAAGUAUUGUAUUGCCUGCAAAGAACUAGAUGAAGAUACACAAGAAAACAUCCCAGAAGAAUUUCCUGAAGAAUUUCAAGAAAACAACCCUGUAUUUCAGGCUGAAGUUUCUGAACAAUUUUCACGGACAGAAGAGAGACAAGACAGGUCUGAUGCAAUUAGUAAACUCUUAGGAGAUUAUUUGCUAAAGGGAUACAAAAUGUUAGGAUCUACAUGCAGUAAAUGUGAUACUAUUCUGUUAAAAGGCAAGGGCAGAAAUGAAAAAGAUCUUUGUGUAUCCUGUGAAAUUCUUUAUGAUGGCAAAGACAAUACACCUACAGCAGUAACAAUGUCAUCAUCCUCUGAUAUGUUAGCAAAUGCAGCUGCAAUGUCAGAAAUGUUAGCAAAUACAGCCACAAUGUCAUCAUCUGCAAUGUUAGGAAAUGCCUCUGGCAUGUCUUCUCCUGAAAAGUUAGGGAAUAUCGCUGGAAUGCCUUCAUCAUCGAGGUUUGGAAAUGCUGCCACAAUGCCAUCCUCCCCAUUGUUAAGAAAUGCCGCUGCAAUGUCCUCACGGCAGACAGUUCCAAGAACACAAAGUCGAUCGCAGUGUACCAAUACCUUAUCCUAUACAGAGGAUGUCUUAAGACACAAAAUAGAAUGGGCGACACAGCAACUUCAGUCAUCAUCAAGUGUGGACUAUAGCAUACAAAUUUGUAAUCUGAUCAAAUCAGCUGCAGAUGCUUUUUCAUCAUUACAAACUAUUAAAUUUACAGACGAAUAACUGGUAUCUAUUUACUCCUAUGAUUGCUUUAAACAUGAAAUUGUGAUGUUUUAAUGUUUUCAUGAAUAAAUACCGGUAUACAGAAUAUUAUGGAUGAAAAGAUAUUACAACAUUGAUGCAAAUGAUUCAUUUAGUUUUUUGUUAUGCUUCUUGCAAAUUUUUCUGAAUGAGAGACAUAAGUAUCGAUAUUUGACCGCUCUAAGUGGUUAUGAAAUUUUGUAUUUAUCAAAUUUAAUUUUUAAACAGAUGUGGACAAAAUCAUAUAAAUCUUAUGCAUUUAAAUGUAUUUACCGGGGAAGUGUUACACAGGGACAAACAAUUACUGAAAAAAUAUAAUUCAAUUAUUGAAAAGGAUAAAAGAAGUGAAUCAACUGCUUUUUAUCAGCUUAAGCAUCAAAUUAGUAUAGAUAAGUUUUAUUAUAUCAUGAUACCAUUGAUGGAUUUUUUCAUACUUUGACAAUGAUUGAAUAUUCAUUAGAAAAUCACAAAUUAGUUAUGAAUUAAAUAUGCUUUGGACUACCACUUUAAGUCGGGCAACAUUGUAGCUCUGCUCAAAUGUGAAAACAAUUAUCUUAAUCCCAUGCCCUGAAUAACAUAUAUAUUAACAGAGUGUUAUAUUGAAUUAUUUGAAAAUAUAUUGUUAUACA